AAGCGACCAUUACCAACGAGCUUGUACGUAUUCCGCGACUCACCCUCUAUUGUCCUCCCCUCAUUCUCCCCCGUUCGCUACUAACCCAACCCGUUACCCCUCCCCCAAACAGAUCGACAUUAUCACCGGAGCCAUGGCCGUUUAGAAGAAUAAACCACAGGAAAAAUAACCACCCACAACUCCGCAUACCACCCUCAAAAUCCCACCGGUCUCGGUGCCUUUUGAUAUGUGUAGACCUCUAAAAUACCGAAUGGCAUUGCUGAUUAUCUCAUACCUGUGGAGGUCUUCUGGGUUGUGGGAUGGCUUGUUGGUUGGGAUGUGGUUGGGGAGAAGGUGGGGAUGCCGAGACCGUGGAUGGGAGAUGGGAUAUGGGGACGCAUCUUUUGAAGCGGAUGCUGGAGAUCGUAAGCGAUGGAUGAAAAGGGGAGUGGGGACGAUGUGGGAAGGCUUUGAAGGAACUGAUCAACGGAUUUUUCGGCGAACUGGGCACGAGAAGGGACGACGAGAAUGGGACUAUCUGGUGGGGGAAAAAACAAUACAGAGGGGUGCUUCAUCUAUGUACCAGGGGCUGAGGAGGGCGGCGAGACAUAAACGCUUUGCGUGAUGGGCGACGAGG